UAUCUGCUUUCAAUUCAAAAUGGCAGCGUCUACCAGGAAGUGAAGAAAACAACUGAAAAGAAUAAGUUGGAUCAAAUUCCUUGUUUCGGUUAAUUUAAACGAAUAAUUCGAUUAAAACCUAUUUGUGAACGGAGCUGGGAUUCAGAAUAAGUUACACAUUCGUGGUGAUGGAGUGCGCUACCGGUAGUUGGUAGGAGCUCUGUAGGACACAUCCAGUGUACAUGCGUGACGGUCACAGGGUCAUGUGUCAACCUGCAGCCUGAUGCCCAUCCUCCCGUCACCCUCACCGGCCAUGGACGGGGAGAACUACCUUCACCCAGAGGGGCCUCAGCUCGACAGCAGCAUGUUCGAAGUGGCCUCUUCCAAUAUGGAGGAGAUGCUGGUACUAUACCGUGCCCCAAAGCCAGAAGAACAAAGACUUGAGUUCUAUGUUUCCUUCUGUUUCCUGGGGAGCAUUCUCACAGCAGCCCGGAGGCUACAGCACACACUGCCCUAUGCAAUCUGGAAACCAGCAAUACCACUUGAAUGCCACAAUGCCAGAUAUGCACAUGGAUAUGUUUAGCCAUCCAGGUUACCACGAUGAUUUCUCCUCCCUGAACUUCAGCAGGAAUGGAGACUUCCCUCAGGACCUGUCCUGCAUUGAUGACCUCUCCAACAACUCCCUGUUCUCCUCUCCGGCCGACUCUCUGUCAGAGUAUGCCGAUGCCCAGGCCUUCGUCCCUGCAGACAACCUGGCCCACGUGCCCACACUAUGGGACAUAAACACACCAGCACAGAGCCAGCAGGAGCUGAGUACCAACAGGUUUCAUGGUUUGAGCAGUCUGGAGGAUAUCUCUGCCAUUAUCAACACACCACCAUUGGUCCCAUUCCAGGCUCAGAGAAACCAGGCUCCAGCAGAAGAGGAGGUUGAGGAGGAGGAGGAGGAGACAGAGGAGCUGGGACAUGUGGACACCUAUGCUGACUAUAAACCAUCCAAAUCCACCAUAGGGAUCAACCAUCCAGACAUUGUGGUGGAGACCAACACGCUGUCCAGCGUCCCUCCCCCAGACAUCACUUAUCAUCUGUCCAUUCCUGAGUCCACCAUUAAACAAGGCCUGCUUUCUGCCCUGCAGUUAGAGGCCAUCAUAUACGCCUGCCAGCAACAUGAGGUGAUCCUGCAGAACAACCAGAGAGCAGGCUUCCUGAUUGGAGAUGGGGCCGGAGUGGGGAAGGGUCGUACCGUGGCCGGUAUCAUCCUGGAGAACAACCUAAAGGGAAGGAAGAAAGCAUUAUGGUUUAGUGUAUCUAAUGAUCUGAAAUAUGAUGCAGAGCGAGAUCUCAAAGACAUAGAUGCUCCUACUAUUCCUGUGCAUGCCUUAAACAAGAUAAAGUAUGGAGACACUGCUACCUCAGAAGGAGUACUAUUUGCGACCUACUCUGCAUUGAUCGGGGAGAGCCAGGCAGGGGGCCAGCACCGCACCAGACUCAAGCAGAUCCUGGACUGGUGCAAGCCCGGCUUUGACGGAGUUAUUGUGUUUGACGAGUGCCACAAGGCCAAAAAUGCCACGUCCACCAAGAUGGGGAAGGCUGUGCUGGACCUGCAGAACAAGCUGCCACUGGCCAGGGUGGUGUAUGCCAGCGCCACAGGUGCAUCUGAGCCAAAGAACAUGAUCUAUAUGAGCCGCCUGGGGAUCUGGGGCGACGGCACCCCCUUCAAGACCUUCGAUGACUUCCUUCACGCCAUUGAGAAAAGGGGUGUGGGCGCCAUGGAGAUUGUUGCCAUGGACAUGAAAGUCAGUGGGAUGUACAUUGCCCGGCAGCUCAGCUUCUCAGGGGUGUCCUUCCGCAUCGAGGAGAUCGGCCUGGAUGAUGACUUCAAACUGGUCUACAACAAAGCUGCCAAACUGUGGGCAGAGGCUCUAGCUGUGUUCAUGCGUGCGGCAGACGAGCUGGGUCUGGUCAGCAGGAAGUCCCUGUGGGGUCAGUUCUGGUCAUCUCAUCAGCGCUUUUUCAAAUACCUCUGCAUCGCCGCCAAGGUCCGCUGCCUGGUGGAGCUGGCCAAGAAGGAGCUGGAAGCUGGCAAGUGCAUCGUGAUUGGUCUGCAGUCCACAGGAGAGGCUCGGACCAGAGAGGUCCUGGAUGAGAACGAUGGACACUUGGACAGAUUUGUGUCUGCAGCAGAGGGUGUGUUCAAAGCUCUUGUACAGAAACACUUUCCCUCCGAGAAGCAGAGGAGAGAGAAAGUGACAGGAAACAAGAGAAAACGUAAGCCUAGGGGUCGCCAGUCCAAGUUCCCAAAGCACACCAUGGUGGAAGCUGGGGGCGUGAUCAACAUCAGCGACGACAGCAGCACGGACACGGAAGGCAUGGACACUGACUCCAACUCCUCGCCUGACUCCCUGCUGGACAACAGCGAUGAUGUGAUCUUCGUCCAGCACACCAGCUGCCACACAGCCAGGAUAGAGGAGAUGAAGCAGAGCCUCCUGAACAAGAUCGCCGAUCUGGGGAAGGAACUACCGCUGAACACGCUCGAUGAACUCAUUGACAAGUUUGGUGGUCCAGAGAAGGUCUCAGAGAUGACGGGCCGCAAGGGUCGUGUGGUGAGGCGGCUGGACGGGAGCGUGCGCUACGAGUCGCGUGCCGAACAGAGCCAUACUAUCGACCACAUCAACCUCAAGGAAAAAGACCGCUUCAUGAGCGGAGAGAAGUUGGUGGCCAUUAUUUCUGAGGCGGCUAGCUCGGGCAUCUCUCUGCAAGCUGACAAGCGGGUUAAAAACCAGUGUCGUAGGGUCCACAUGACCCUUGAGCUACCCUGGAGUGCAGACCGAGCCAUCCAGCAGUUUGGUCGAACCCAUCGUUCCAACCAGGUGACUGCUCCGGAGUACAUCUUCCUUAUCUCUGAGCUGGCCGGGGAGAGACGCUUCGCCUCUAUCGUGGCCAAGAGACUGGAGAGCCUGGGUGCACUGACGCACGGUGACAGAAGAGCCACGGAGUCCCGUGACUUGAGCAAAUACAACUUUGAAAACAAGUAUGGUACGAAGGCUUUGGACAAGAUCACCAAAGCCAUCCUGGGUCACAUCGAGAGCAAGGUGCCCCCUCCCAAAGGCUACCCCGGAGGUGACGCCCUGUUCUUCAGAGACAUGAAGAAGGGCAUGAUGGACGUGGGCAUCUUCUGCAAAGAGCCACGCUUUGGUCUCAGUACUGAGAAAGACUGCAGCAUCACCAAGUUCCUCAACAGGAUCCUCGGCCUGGAGGUGCACAAACAGAACUCUCUCUUCCAGUACUUCACGGACAACUUCGACUACCUUAUCGAGAAAGACAAGAAGGAGGGCAAAUACGACAUGGGCAUCCUUGAUCUGGCCCCAGGUAAUGAUGAGAUCUAUGAGGAGAAACAGGAGACCUUCAUGACUGUAGGAAACCCCCAGGAUGGACAGGUUGUUCUCUACAAGAUCAGCGUGGAUAGAGGGAUGCCCUGGAAGGAGGCCUUUGAAAAGGCCCAGAACCUAAAAGGUCUUGAUGAGGGCUUCUACCUCUCCCACAAGUUGAGGGGAAACCACCCGUGUGUGCUUCUGGCGGAACAGGGUCGAGGAAGGAACCUCAUCGUCUACAAGCCCAAUAUCGGCAAGCAGGCCCACCCCGAAAGCCUGGACAACCUACAGCAGCGCUACCGCAAGGUAUCCUCAGACGAAGCCAAGGACAGCUGGGAGAGUCAGUUUAACUUCUCCUUCGGGAAGUGUUGCCAUGCCAACUGGAAUGGGAAGUGUAAGAAGAUUGAGGAGGGCCAGGAGUGUCUGCAGGGCAUGCGUCUGCGGCAGUACCACAUGCUGUGUGGCGCUCUGCUGCGCGUCUGGAAGCGGGUGGCCGACGUGGUUGCUGACAUCACCAGCUCCAGUAUCCUGCAGAUCGUACGGCUGAAAACCAAAAACAGCAACAAGCAAGUUGGUAUCAAGAUCCCAGAGAACUGUGUGGCCCGUGUACGGGAGGAGCUGCUCAAAAUGGAUGAAGAAGUAAAGAGGAGGCGCAAAGAGAAGGAGCUGCGCGCCCAGGAGCAGCGGCUCGCUGAUGACCGGCAGUUCAAACUGCAGCUUCAGAACAAACUGUACAGCCAGCCGCAGCCUCGAACACCAAGCCUGGGUCUCAGUACCCUGAACCACAGCCUGGCCCAGGGCAAGUUUCCACUACAGCUGAAACCCCAGCUACCCAGCAUGGCCAGCCUCUUCCCGCAUCACUUCCCACACCACCACUUCCCCCUGCCGCUUGCCCCGAACUCUACCAAGCCCUCCCGGGUCGGGGAGGAGGUCCUGGACCUGACUGUAAGCCCUUCUCCCUCCCCAGACAGCACGGAGGGAGGGCUGGGUCUGGACAGCCUGACGGGGGGCCCUAUGGGAGGUUUUGCAGAGGACUUUAACCUGGAGUCUCUGUUACUCACCGCCCAGAACACGGCACACCUUCAGCACAUGCCGCAGCCUCUACAUCCGCUGAUGAAGCAUCAGCAGCUGCAGUCAUCACCGCAAAUGCAACUGCCGCUCCUGCAUCAGCCAAAUCAGGCUCUAAACAACAACCAGGACUACUAUGACAUCCUGAAGCUGCUGGAGCACCCAGACCCAAUGCCUUACCCCCUGUCCAGCCAGACACCUUCUAACCCCUCCUCCUCGAUCUCCAACACAGUGGCCCAAGGCUCGUCCGGCCUCCUCUCCUCCCCCUCUACCUCCGCCUCCUCUCACUUCUCCCCGGCACUGGCGCCCUCAGAACAGCAGCCCCUCCCUCUGGCCAAUGGCCACGGCAUCAAUGUGCGCGAGGUGCUGGAUAACAUGCUGCGGACAAGCUCCGACCCACAGCUCAGACCGCCAGUUAUUCAUUACCGGCACCCUGAAUGAGACUCUGCCUGACAACCAUGGCUGACUGGCUGUCCUCUAGCUGCUGUGAUUGCACCCCUCCUCCCCUCAGGGCCUAGUCACAUCACUGCCUGUGCUGCUCUUUCCUCCUAAACCCUCACCAGGCUCUGGAGCCACAGACCUGGGUCUCGUUUGCCAGACCAAAUGUUAGGUCCCGUUCGGAGAUGGUGAACGUCUAACCCAGGUGGAACUGGCCCUGGUCCCUUUGUUGAGAGUGAGCGCGAUAGCAGAGGAGUUCAAACACAUCGUUUCUAGAGCAAGGCUUGAAUCAAUGAAGAUACGCAACUCCAAGAUGGUUUGAUUAUGUUCCUAUAAUAUCAAAAAUGUUGCUUUGAAAAUGGUCAAGCCCUGUUGGAGUUGUCUGUUUAUUGAGAAAAGCUGAAUGUGGAAAUGUUUUUCUAGAACCACAGCUCUCCCUACUGGUUUUGUUGCGUUUCAUUGCACAUCUGUUCUGUGGGAACUUCUGUGUUGUCCUGUGACUCGCUUCAUCGCAAUAGCAUUGACUGGAAUUAGCCAAUCUUGCAAAGCCUGGUUUGUUAAAACCAAGGGCGCCACUGAAAAACAUCCAACUGGAAGAAUCUCCACCAAGCAGAUCUGUUCAUAGGGGUGGAAUGUUUCCGUUUCAGCCCCUUUCCCCGCCUGUGUUUCCCUCUCCCUGCUAUUUCUACCAUCACUCCCUCACGUGUCUUGCUUGGGAAAAGAAAGUGGUUAUAAAGAAAAGUCUGCCAUUGUAACAGUGCCUUUGGAAAACUACUUAAAUGCAGUCUUUGGAAACCCAUAUAGGCCUAAUGUAUAGAUUUUAUACUCAAAGCAUUGGUAUGUUAAUUUAUUAUAUUUGUAUUUAACUUCUUUCCCACCCCCUUUCUCUCUCUGUUGGGUCUGUGCCGGCGGUGGCUGCCGGGGAAAGCCAGUAUGUGCGUCUGUGUGUGUGGAUAUUACAGCUGUCCCGUCAGCCCAAAAGCAGAUAGUGCUGUUCUGUGUGAACCAUGCUUUCCCCAGGCUGUGUGAUCGACAGAGAGCAGGGGGUUGGAUGAGAGUUUAAAGGGGUUUCAAAUAGUGUCAAAAUUAGCUACUUAUGUGUCUACCAUUCAUCCAACGAUGUGACUCCUGGUUUGAUUUGAUGUUCUCAGGAAAGUCUCGAGUGCAUUUGUUGUCAUGUUUUGUUGAACUUUAUGACCAAUACUGAUAUAUUUCUUUUAGCCCAUAUUAUGCAUAUACAUUGUAUGUUCUAUUUCAAAACCUGUGAGUUACGAUCUGGCUGUUUUUGUGAAAUGAAUGCACUGUAAUUGGUUCAUGAAAUGCUUGGGUAAGUUAAACCAAUCAAAAGCAAUAAACAAGACAUUUUGAAUAGCAAAGGUUUUAAAAGUCCAAGUACUGUUUACUCUCCACAGCCGAAGGUUAUAGAUGUACCUGUGCAUGGUAAGAAUUGGAUCCUCUUUAUUUCUGUUCUACUAGUAGUAUGUAGUUUAAGACAGCUGAAAUACUUAGGAACUUUGUAUAAACAUUGUAAUGGGAUAAACGCAAUGUGCUCUUGAUGUUUUUGUCAUCCUUGUAAUUAUGAUAAUUGUUAUUUAUAUUUAAGGGAUAUUUAGUUUUAGGUUGUUAUCCUGAUCAUACUUUAUUCAAAGUUUAGUCAGGGACAUUUCUAGUUUUCAAGAUUACUAUAAAAACAAAAAAUAAGUAUAUUAUAACCUGCCACCAAAUAAUAUUGCACUGUUCUGUACUGCUGUACAGGGUUGAUGGUUUCUUUCUUUUCAGUUCUUUGAUCCAGUUCUGCUUGUGACUUCAGUAGAAUUGUUCCAGUUUUUACAGCUUCUGCCAGGGCUUUAGUUUGCAGAGAGAUACCAAAGUAUUCCACCCUAUAGUUACUGGCUUUAUCUGACCUAUUAUAUCAAUCUCAGGAAGAGAUGUAUUGGUGGGAAGUAAAGAAAAAUGUAUUAGUUUUCCCUUAAAACAGUUGUGAAACUAACCAAUACACAUUUGAGUGCUAUUUUAUUUCUUCAUUCUGUGCUGCAACUCUUGCUGUAUUUUUUAUGUUGGAGACUUAAUGUGAUGGGUAUGUUUUUUGGGUCAGUGUUGUGAAUUGUUGGUGAUUUUAAAGUGUUUAUGCCAUCUUAGGGCAAAGAUCAAACACUGUUUCUUUUAAGGAACAUUUAUUGUUUAUCUGUCUGGACAGUUUUUACUGUUUUUGUUUAAUCCAUUUUCUAUGCUGACACAGAUUUUGAGCAGAUUAGUACCUGGAUAUAUACUCUUAUGUGCAAUUACUGGGGCAGAUCGUUCCAGACUGACAGAUUCAAACUAACCCCAUACAUCCAAUUGCUCAGGCCCGUGGUCUCGUGUGAGAUUACAGAUUAUACCCGUCUAAUAGCCCUAGUCUGUUUUAUAUAGUUCUAAACAUGUAUUCCCUCAUCAGGCACAUUCCAAUAGAUCCAAACAUUUUCACAAUGAACAGUUUGUCCCAUGCCGAUGCCAACGAACUGCCUGAUAUAACACUCACAUAAAGGAGUAAUAUGCAUUAUAAUCCUGGGGAAACUGACAAUGAAAACAAAAUGAUCUGCAAUUGUUAAAGGCGUCCGUUUAUAUUGUCUUUUAGAUAGGUCUUUUUCAUUUUUUCUAAAUUUGCACUAAGAAUGGCAUAAUCAAGUUACUGUUGUUGUCUGUUAUGAUUGAGAGUUGCAAGCGUGUUGUGUUCCUGACCUUUUGAUGGAUUGCAUUUUUUCUAUACUGUUAACAAAGGUUUUUCCAACACUGGUUCUGGAGAGUCCGUCACCUGCAGGUUUUUGCCCCAAUCCCGGUUAGAAGUAUCCUGAUUCAUUUUAUCAACCAGCUAAUUAUUAGAAUAAAGAAUGCUAGAUCAAGGCUGGCAUGAAAGCCAACAGGAUGUUAGUGCUCCAGGAACAGCGUUGGAGAGCCUCGCCACCCAUCCUUGUUUCUUCACCUUUUGCAUAUAAAAGCAUCACAUUCAAAUAAUUUAUUGCUAACAAAAACGAAACAAAAAACAUGCUACUGAUUGUAUGUAUUUUUAAACAAAGGCUAUUUUUUGUGUAAAAACUGUGUUCUGCACUUUUAUUCUGGGUUGUGCUUUUGUUUUUCUAUAUAUUUAUAAUUUAGAUCGAAAUGUAUAUAUUGUAAAAAAUUGUGCCUUUCGACUAAUUCUUUAAAAAGGUUUUCUACUCAUAACAAAAGGAAGGAAUAUAUCAUAUUGCAAUCUUAACUUUGUAAACAAACAACAAAUAAAAACUUGAAGAUUGCGAAA